CCAUUCACAUCGUAGUACAGUGCUUACUGCUAACUAGUACUGCUAAUUGUUUGUCACUUUUCGCACCCUGUUGUGCUAAUUGUCUUCAAUUAGACGAAUUAUUCUUAAUUGACGAUACAAUUUUAUUUAAGUGCUUUUUGUUUAUAGAAGCUAUCAAUAUACUAAUUAGCUUAAUUGACACAUCGAACACAUAUUUCCGAGUUAUCAGUUUUUUCCGAGUGACAGUGAAACAGCGCAUUGAUGGCUAUUGAUAAAAUCUGAUUGACGUAAUUCAAGAUCAUUAAAUCAAGCAUCGUUGUGACGUGAUAUAAAGUGGAAAUAUUUUUAAAUAUUCACUGGAAAUAAAACGAAGAUAGUCAAUGGGAUUAAUGUAAAUCUGAAUAUUCGGUUCAAAUCCCUUGAAAAGUAAUAUCUUUUCAAGCUUUUAUAUAUACGAUCGAAGUGGAAGCUCCCAGCUGGUGAAUACUUGAAUUAAGUCCAGUUCAACUUUUCUUUCAUGACAAGGUUGCUUUUAAACUCCAGCUGAUAUGGCAGAAAUUUAUCGAGACACAGUAGGGUUUGAAUCAAUACCAAGUGCAAGUACAAAUACGAGCACAAUUUCGAUGAAUUUUGAAAAUGAUUGCAACGAAAUUUCGAUAGUGAAUAAAAAAAAACCAAAAAUAAUGACGUCAGCUGAGUUGGGAACCAAUAUAUUCUACCAUAUGAAAAAAAUCACCAGGUUAUGCUUCAAGAGUGGAAGACGAAUAUUGGAAAUUGGUGAUGACGUUUAAAGUUAAUUGAUUAUAAAAAAUUCGACUGAUCGAUCUUUUCGUAUUCGACAGAAGAUAAAUAUAAACUAAUAUACUGUGAUUGUUUGAAUAUUAUUUUUAUAUAAAUAUACACAUAAUUAGUUUAUUAAUAAUGUCAUGGAUUGACGAUAUUAAUUUUUAAACGUGAGUGCUUCUGGAAGAAGCGUGUGCCAAAAUGGAUUAUAAAUUUAUGUCGAAUAACAACAAUAAUUAUCCUACACAUCAUCAUUGGAUACCCAAAAUGUGCGAAUGUUUCCACAAUGUCUCUGUAACAUUUCCCAUGACUACUCCAGACCUCUCCUUCAGGACCUGGGGUUAUACUCCACUGGACAAAACCUCAACUCGGAACAGAUUUCGUGAUUUCAUGAGACGAGAUGGGGGCUAUAGAUUGAUUGAAGAUCAUGAUAAAGAAAUUGAAAUGACCUUUCACAAUAUUGACAAAUCGUAUUCGAUUGUCGAAGUUGAAAAGGAUUUACGUGUUGACAAUCUUUGUGAACUAUUGAGAAUUAAGAAUCAAUUCGAGCCUGGUGAUUGGAGGAUUGUUGAAACUUGGCCGAAACUUGAAAUCGUUAUUGAGAGAGUAUUGGAGAACCAUGAAGACAUUUACGCGGUUCACAGAGAUGGCGAAAAGCUUGACGGCAGUGAGGAGAGGAAAUUUUAUUUCAUGGAGGUGUCCGAUGAUAUUUGGAAAUAUACUAAUAACCCUGCGGGAGGUUUUCCACGACAUAUGAUAUUGAGGACAAAGUCUCAAGAAAGUCUUGGGCCUGGAGAACUAUUCUGGGAUCGCGCAACCCGAAUUGCUGAAACCCAUCCAAUAUUCUACGAAGUUCUAUGGGUGGCUGAAAAUAAUAUGAACGGCUGGAAAAAAGUCGGCGUGCUUCUCAUGGAUCGCAAGCUCUACCUCAUCGAAAGGACGGACUUUAUGGAAGCUGAAGAAAUUUUGAACGACGAAAACGAGCGAAUUCUCUUUGCCCAUUUGUCGGAUUGUCAAAUCUACAAGAUUCCGAACACAAAGAAGCUCUUUAACGCGCCCUUCCAGUGGGGCGCCUGUCUGAGGCCAUCCAGCAACGCUGAAGCCGAAGACACGGAAGCCGGAGUCUCCGGACUCAAGGUCAUUGGUUUUAACACUGAAAAGUCACACACCUGCUGGCACCAAGCCAUGAGACUUGCCAAGUAUGGUAAACAGCUGAAAGACAAUUAUCGUGCGUUCAAGAAUAAAAAUGAUCCAGCAAGUUCCGGACGACCUUUUAAUGUCACACCAUCCGAGCCCCCGAUUCUCGUCGCAAUGGACUUUUCGGGAAAAUAUGGUAAAAUAGUUGAAGACCCUAAGGAAGCUAAAGCAAUCACUGAGGGCAAAGGAAUGUUACCACAACCACAGUUACGUCCACCUGCCUCCAGGUUACAAGUUCACAAUUAUCCGAGAGUUGAUCCUUCUAGGUAUUUUAAUGAAGAUUGGUAUCAUAUGACUAUAGGAAGGGAAAGUGCUGCUCGUCUUGUUAAAUUAGCUCGUAAAAAUGGUACAUUCCUCGUGAGAGAAAGUACAAGUAAUAAUGGGUACCAGUUUGUUUUAACUUACAUUCAUGAGGAUAAACCCGUACAUACUCCAAUCAUAACGCGUGAAACAUCAAGCCAACCGAUAUUCACCUUAGACAAUGGAACGACAAAGUUUUUAGACCUAGUUCAGUUGGUUAAUUUCUACCAACUGAAUCAAGGCUCACUGCCAACAAGACUGACUUACUUUGUCUCGAAAAAUACAUCUAAAUUGUCACCAGCUAAAAAUAAUGGCGUGUCGACGACAACAACAACAACAGCAGCAACAACGUCGCCCUUGUCUAAGAACCGGAAUAGUCCACAAAAAAUAUCUGAAGAGUCAUCAAGAUUACCGCGUAGUUGAAUUUAAAAUUACCAGCAGUUCGCUGGUGUUUAAAAAUCUGUCCUUAUUGUUGUCAACGAAAUACAAAACAAUGAUACUGGAAUAUUAUUGUCGUAUUACUGUUUACUGUUUAUCGCAGCCGAUCCUGCAAUUGGUAGCCACGGACUGCUGGAAAACUUUUAUAUAAAUUUAACAAAUAAGCAACAUCUAGUACUUUUUAUCGUCUUACGUUACUUGUUUGUUUUUUUUCCACCGUAAUUUUAAUUUAAUAUUUCAUACGAAAGAACUGAUCUCUCCAUCACCAGUACACUAGACCUCAACUCAUAACUUAUUAAAACUAAAAUAUUUUAUUAAUGAUUAUAACAAUAAUAAUAUUUUAGUUAUGUCAUUAAGUAUCGCGACAUCUUGUCGCGAUUAAUUAAAUGUUUAAUUUAAAUUCUGACAGUUUGACCAAUUAAUUAUUCAGAAGCAUUUGCUGAUUAUUUUAUAGAGGCUUGCCUUAAUGACUAACGCUUAUUUAAAUUUCACAGUAAUACUAAUUCUUUAUUGUAUUACUUUUUUUAUUUAAUUAUUAUUUGUUAUUAAAUUAAUUAUUAAUAUUUAUAAUAUUUAAAGAGUCAAGAAUGUUAAUGAUUUAAAAUCAUUGUACAAUUUUAACCUCAAAUACUUGACAAUUUUUUCUGGUAUCAAAUUGUUCCGUAGGAAUACGAUGAUUACCUGCUACAAAAAAAAAGUUAUUAUAAAUUUUUUAUGUAGACUACUGUCUUUUCCAUAUUUUCCAGUCAUUUAUACACAGUUGUAUUGUAAUUUUAAAAACAGUUCUACUGAUAAUAGAACAAAUAUUCAACAUUAAAUAAACAAAUGUUAUUUGUAAUUAAAAAAAGAAAACAAAAAAAAAUAUGAAACAAAACAAAAGUUUGUAUGAAGGUAUGAUUGUAUAAGAAAAAAAAAUCUAUCAUAUUUUUUUUGUUUUAACCGUUAAUUUAAAAAAAGUAUACGCGAGUCGUAUCGACUGUAUGUUAUAAUCAAUUGAAAUUUGUUAUAAUUAUUUAUGUUGGUAUCUUAGUUGAUUGCGAUUGCGAUGUUUAAGUAUUAAAUCAUUUUUAUUUUUAUAAAUUUAUAAAUAUAAAUUAUAUUAUUUUAAAUUUAUACUUUUAAUCAGGUAUUUUUUUUGAAC